AUGCCACGACAAGAGAAUUUUUUUUCAUGUUUGAUAUAUUAUUUUUUUCCUGUAUUCCACAUAUGGGGUGUCGCAGCAGCACACAUUGUGUAUUCUAUUUCGGAGGAAUCGAGCCCGGGUACCACUGUGGGACAUUUAGCGAAAGAUUUGCAUCUAGACAUGCAGGAAUUGGGAACUCGAGGCUUUCAGAUUUCUGGACCUAAUAUGAGAUAUUUCGAAGUAAAUGUUAAGACUGGGAUUCUUGUGGUAAAAGAGAGAAUAGACAGAGAAGAGUUGUGCUCUCGGAAUGCGAAGUGUUCUCUAGAACUGGAAGCCAUUGUAAACUCUCCUUUGAAUCUCUAUCGCUUUGAAGUUAAUAUCUUGGAUGUAAACGACAACGUACCCUCUUUUCGAAUACCUAGAUUAAUACUGAAUGUGUCUGAAUCAGCUUUUCCAGGGGAAAGGUUUACUUUACCAAACGCCUAUGAUGGAGAUGUAGGCAGUUACUCGGUUAAAGGCUACAAGCUGAGCCAAAAUGAACAUUUCUCCCUGGAUGUGCAGAAUGGUGGGGAGCAGAGUAUGUCUGCCGAAUUAGUCUUGCAGAAAGCCUUAGACCGAGAGAAACAGUCUGUUAUUAAACUAACACUGACUGCUGUAGAUGGAGGAAAACCUCCUAAAUCAGGAACGAUACAAAUCAUUAUUAAUGUGCAAGAUGUUAAUGAUAACAUUCCCAUCUUUAGCAAGCCGUUGUACAAAGCCAGCGUGCCUGAAAACACGCCGCAUGGUGGGACUGUGAUUACUGUGCAUGCUCAGGAUUUAGAUGAAGGUCUAAACGGAGAUAUUGUAUACUCAUUUAUUAACCACGACAAUAAUGACAUUUUUGGGAUGUUUUCUAUUAAUUCGACGUCCGGGGAGAUUACGGUAAACGGUGAGUUGGAUCACGAACAAAAUAACGCAGUUGAAAUUAGGGUCCAAGCGACAGACAAAGGAUCAACUCCAAGAGCCUCUCACUGUAAAGUGCUUGUGGAAAUCACCGAUGUCAAUGAUAAUCCACCUGAAGUAUCAGUCACAUCAUUUAUAAACGUAGUAAGGGAAGAUGCGUCCCUAGACACAAUGGUUGGACUUAUAACCGUGAAAGAUAACGACGCAGGUAAAAAUGGCGUUGUUCAAGUCAGAUUGGUUGAUUCUGGGCCGUUUACAAUUAAGAAUACGUAUAAAAAUCAUUAUUCUUUAGUGGUAGAUGGUCAUCUAGACAGAGAAAUGGUUUCUCAAUAUAAUGUGACAAUAAUAGCUGCAGACGAAGGGACCCCACCUCUUUCUGGCACUAGCGUUAUUACAGUACACGUUUCUGAUGUCAAUGACAACGCACCUCAUUUUACAUCAACUGUGAUAAAUAUUUUGGUUAAGGAGAACAGUCCAGUCGGUGCUGUUAUCCAUACCAUGGCUGCACAGGAUGCUGACGCAGACGAAAAUGCAAAAGUAACAUUUUCUAUAAUCGAUGGCAAUGCUAAAUCUGUUCAGAUAGCAUCAAUGGUAAACAUCAACUCAGAGACUGGGGAAAUGGUCAGCCUGCAGUCUUUUAACUAUGAGGAGUUAAAGACGUUCCACUUUAAAGUUCAGGCCACAGACUCUGGUGUUCCUCCGCUCAGCAGCAACGUGACUGUCAACGUUUUCAUCCUGGAUGAGAAUGACAACAGUCCCGGGAUCCUCGCGCCCUAUUCUGAGCACGGCUCCGUUAACAGUGAGAACAUUCCCUAUUCUGCUGAAGCGGGCUACUUUGUGGCCAAGAUCAGGGCUGUGGACGCCGACUCUGGCUACAAUGCGCUGCUUUCUUAUCACAUCUCUGAGCCCAAGGGGAGCAACCUGUUCCGAAUCGGAACCAGCACCGGGGAAAUCAGGACUAAGAGGCGAAUGAGUGACAAUGACCUGAAAACUCACCCGCUGGUGGUGCUGGUUUGUGAUAACGGAGAGCCCUCCCUGUCAGCCACUGUGUCUAUUGAUGUGGUGGUGGUUGAGAGCACAGCUGACAUCCAGACUCAGUUCAGACAUGUACCGAUGAAUGAGGAGAGCUUCUCCGAUUUAAACCUGUAUUUGCUGAUCGCCAUUGUGUUGGUGUCAGUGAUCUUUCUGCUGAGCCUCAUCAGUUUAAUAGCUGUGAAAUGCCACAGGACAGAUGGCAGCUUCGGCAGGUAUGGCGCCCCAAUGAUUACCACCCACCCUGACGGGAGCUGGUCUUACUCUAAAUCGACUCAGCAGUAUGACGUGUGUUUCAGCUCAGACACACUGAAGAGUGAUGUGGUGGUUUUCCCCGCGCCGUUUCCGCCUGUAGAUGCGGAGCUGAUCAGUAUUAAUGGAGGAGACACUUUUAACAAGACUCAGACUUUACCUAAUAAAGAGAAGCCACGGAUUCCAUCCUUUCCCAUCCGCCGAGGAUACAAAGCCAGGGCAUCCCAAGAGGGAAGUAUCCAAAGCCUGCCUGCUCUUCCUGAUAGCUUUGUUUAG